AUGGAACACGAAAUAGACUCUUGGAUCGCACAGCUGAGCCAGUGCAAGCAGCUUGCCGAGGCGGAUGUGAAACGACUUUGCGACAAGACGCGGGAAAUUUUGAUGGAAGAAUCGAACGUGCAGCCGGUCAGAUGCCCAGUCACUGUUUGUGGCGAUAUUCACGGUCAAUUUCAUGACCUGUCUGAACUGUUUCGCAUCGGUGGUAACUCACCGGACACAAACUACCUCUUCAUGGGUGACUAUGUUGAUCGAGGAUACUACUCCGUCGAGACAGUUACUCUUCUCGUUGCAUUGAAGCUUCGCUACCGGGAUCGUGUUACCAUCCUCCGUGGAAAUCAUGAGUCCCGGCAGAUCACGCAAGUGUACGGGUUCUACGACGAGUGCUUGCGGAAGUACGGAAAUGCGAACGUGUGGAGGUUUUUCACGGAUUUGUUCGAUUACCUACCUCUGACAGCUCUCAUCGAGAACCAAAUCUUCUGUCUUCAUGGCGGUCUCUCUCCUUCUAUCGACACUCUCGACCAUGUCCGUGGAAUAGAUCGAGUGCAGGAAGUGCCUCAUGAAGGCCCAAUGUGCGACCUACUGUGGUCCGACCCCGACGAUCGAUGUGGGUGGGGGAUCUCGCCACGGGGUGCAGGGUAUACGUUCGGGCAGGACAUCAGCGAGGCAUUCAAUCAUAACAAUGGCCUGACUCUGGUUGCGCGGGCGCACCAGCUGGUCAUGGAGGGUUACAACUGGGGGCAGGAUAGAAAUGUAGUCACGAUCUUCUCGGCGCCAAACUACUGCUACCGCUGCGGUAACCAAGCCGCAAUCAUGGAGAUUGACGAAAAAUUAUCAUACAGCUUCUUACAAUUCGAUCCAGCACCGCGUGCAGGCGAGCCACUCGUUUCGCGGCGCGUACCGGACUAUUUCCUGUAG